AACAAAACAUAGUCUUGUCAACCACCCCAUCUCCAAGACAUUGCCAGUUUGAACAAAGCCACCACACUCUCUCUCUCUCUCUCUCUCUCUCUCUCCCAUUUUCUCUUCUCCGUACAACACAUCAUGUGAGAUUUUUGCUGGUUUCUACCUUCUCCACCCUGUCAAUGCUCAAAAUCUAUCCUUAUAAAUUUUGCUACCUCAUUUGAUUAAAAAAAAAACACUUUUGCAACCUCUUUCUUCAACUUGGACCCUUCAAACCCAACAAACACAUAAUUAUCACACUUGUGUUGUCCUUAACAUUCUUAUUCAUUAUAUAAACAAUCUUAAAUAUGGUUUUCUUUAGGGUUUCAAUUAUGUUCUUCACCUUUCCAUAAUUUUUCUUUUUCAUUUUAUUAUCCUAAAAAACCAAAGUAGGGUUUUUAUUUUAUUUUAAUUUUCUCCCUAUAUUUGAGAAUUUAUCUACCAAUAAUAUUUAGUUUCUUAAAAUUAUUGAUUGAGAGAUAAUGGAGGAAUACACAAAUAAUCCCAAUCAAAAUCAAAGUUCAAGGCCAAAUUUCUUGUAUUCUAUUGCUAGUGGAAACAACCAACAUCAAAACCAACACCAUAAUAAUCAAAUUCCAAUGAACAUGUUUCAUGUUCAAUCAAGUGGAUCAGAUCAUUGUUUUCAUCAACAACAACAACAUACUGCUGUGAAAACUGAAGCAAAUAGUAGUUCACAACUUCACACUCCAAUUUUUCAUUACCCUAAUUUAAUGAGAACAAAUAUUAUUAAUCCUCACAAUAAUAAUAUUAUGCAUAAUCAUCAUCAUCAAGGAGGUAGAGGAGGGAGUCCAAGCAGUUCUAGUAAUGAAGCUGAAGCUAUAAAAGCUAAAAUAAUUGCUCAUCCUCAAUACUCAAGUCUUUUACAAGCUUACAUGGAUUGUCAAAAGGUUGGAGCUCCACCGGAUGUGGUGGCGCGUAUGGUUGCGGCUAGGCAAGAGUUUGAAGCACGGCAAAGAUCUUCAGUUAAAUCCAGAGAAAAUUCCAAAGAUCCAGAACUAGAUCAAUUCAUGGAAGCAUAUUAUGACAUGCUUGUGAAGUAUAGAGAGGAAUUAACAAGGCCAAUACAAGAAGCUAUGGAUUUCAUGAAGAGAAUUGAAACUCAGCUAAAUACUCUUUGCAAUGGCAAUGGACCCCUUCGUAUCUUCCCUGCUGAAGAUAAAAAUGAAGGCGCUGGUUCAUCAGAAGAAGAUCAAGAGAAUAGUGGUGGAGAAACGGAUCAACUUCCCGAGAUUGAUCCUCGAGCAGAAGACCGUGAACUGAAAAACCACUUGCUGAAAAAAUAUAGUGGUUACUUAAGUAGUCUUAAGCAAGAACUUUCCAAGAAGAAAAAGAAAGGAAAAUUGCCUAAAGAAGCUAGGCAAAAGCUACUUAAUUGGUGGGAAUUGCAUUACAAAUGGCCAUAUCCUUCGGAAUCAGAGAAAGUAGCAUUGGCUGAAUCAACAGGUUUGGAUCAGAAGCAAAUAAAUAAUUGGUUCAUCAAUCAAAGGAAGAGGCACUGGAAACCAUCUGAAGAUAUGCAGUUUAUGGUGAUGGAUGGACUGCAUCCUCAGAGUGCUGCUCUUUAUAUGGAUGGUCACUACAUGGCCGAUGGUCCCUACCGUCUAGGGCCAUAAUCAUGAUUUAUGAAGUACCGACACACACAUGAACACGACUCUAAGACGUCGACGCCAGUAAUUGAACGUAAUCACACGUGUCAGUGCGGUGUUUGGAUUCGCCUGCAAUAUGAAGUGUCGGUGUUACAGAAAUUGUGCUUCAUCACCACCGCGUUAUAUAUUAUAGAGUUUAAGUGGAGGGUAAAACAAUCUUAGACUGUUCAAACUGUAACAGUCAGCAAAAAUCAUGGAGGCAUACCAUAAACCUUGGUUGUGCAGUGAAUGUUUGAGUUUUUGUCAUAGUGACAAAUAUUAGUUGUUUCCUUGAUCAGUGUCUGUUGCUUCUAUUUUAUUAUGUUGUUUUAUGUAAUUAAGUAGUACAUGUCAGGUAGUGAAAAUUCAUUAUGUUGUAUUUUGUUGGAUUUUAUAAAUGUCAUAUUAUAUGUCUGGUCGCAAUGCAGUUUUUCUAUAUGAUUAAUGUUACUUCUACUAAAUGAGUCAGGUGUGUGUAUGUAACUUUAAUUUGUGGUGUUUGAGCAGCCAGAAGAAAUUUGCAAUUUGAAGGUUAAGGUUAUGGCUAUCAAGCUUUUAAGUGUAUGUAUAUGAAAACAAAACAAUGUGUAUUGUUGAAGUCAUGCUACAUAGAUUAUUUUACAGUUUUUAUUUUUAU